AUGAAGAUAAAAAUUUCCAUCGAAAUUAGUCUUUCGCUCCUAUCUGAAUACAACAAAAGAAACGGAAACUGUAUUAGUAAUAUGCUUGAAUUUGGAGAAGAACGGAGGGGUGAGGUCAUUGUGAAGCGGUUUUGA